AUGGAGGAGUUUGAUCCCGCCCUGGCCACGCCCCUACAUCGUUCAGCUCUCCAGGCCCCGCCCAGUCCCCGCCCUGGCCCGCAUAGGCCCCGCCCCGUCUGGCCUCUUCACCGCGGGGCGGGGGCGGCUGGCUCCGGCGACUGCCGGGCGCGCGCAGCUGCUGCCAUGGCCGGCACGCGCAGGAGGGAGCGCGUCCUUUGCCUCUUUGACGUGGACGGGACGCUCACGCCCGCUCGCCAGAAAAUUGACCCUGAGGUGGCCGCCUUCCUGCAGAAGCUGCGUAGUAGGGUGCAGAUCGGGGUGGUGGGGGGCUCCGACUACUCCAAGAUUGCUGAGCAGCUGGGCGAAGGAGAUGAAGUCAUCGAGAAGUUUGAUUAUGUGUUUGCUGAGAACGGGACGGUGCAGUACAAGCAUGGCCGGCUGCUCUCCAAGCAGACCAUCCAGAACCACCUGGGGGAGGAACUGCUGCAGGAUUUGAUCAACUUCUGCCUCAGCUACAUGGCCCUGCUCAGACUGCCCAAGAAGCGCGGAACCUUCAUCGAGUUCCGGAAUGGCAUGCUGAACAUCUCUCCCAUCGGCCGGAGCUGCACCCUGGAGGAGCGGAUCGAGUUCUGCGAGCUAGACAAGAAGGAAAAGAUCCGAGAGAAGUUCGUGGAAGCCCUGAAAACAGAGUUUGCUGGCAAAGGACUGAGGUUCUCCCGAGGAGGCAUGAUCAGCUUCGACGUCUUCCCUGAGGGCUGGGACAAGCGCUACUGCCUUGACAGCCUGGACCAGGACAGCUUCGACACCAUUCACUUCUUCGGGAAUGAGACCAGCCCCGGCGGGAACGACUUCGAGAUCUACGCUGACCCACGCACCAUUGGGCACACCGUAGUCUCCCCUCGGGACACGGUGAAGCGAUGCCGCGAGAUCUUCUUCCCAGAGUUGGCCCACGAGGCGUGACCGGGGCCUACCCCUGCCCCUCGGGCCUUCCAGAGAGCCCAGCCCAGGUGCUGGGGUGCGUGCCAGGCCCUCCCUCCAGCCCAGGGUGCCUGCCUGGGACGCGGGCCUCUGGCAAGGCCCCACCCGGACAGGACCAGGGUCCGCGUGGAUGACCGUCCCCGGCCAGCCGGCUCCUGCUGGGACUGGCUCCCAUCUUCUCAGGGCCCGGCCUUGCCUCAGGACGGCGUGUCCCGAUCCUUAACCCCGUUGGCCCUGGCCACAGCUGCUACUCGUACUUCUGAACAGAACAGUUUUCUCUCUCUGCCAGGAGAAGGGCGUGCGUGCGUGUUGGUACGAGAUAGAGUUGCCCUGUCUGCCCACCCGGCAGGGUGCAGAAGGGUGGGCAGGGCACGUAUCAUAGAGAAGAGAACUUGCUUCACAAAUAUUAAAGUUCCCAGAACUGGAA